AUGGCGCAGAAUCUUUCUUCUCUUGUGAAGCCUAAGGUGGUUGGCAUCUAUGGAAUCCCACGUGCAGGAAAGACAACCUUGUUGAACCAGCUCAGAAUGACCCUCGGCGAAGACGACUUCAUGUACUUCGGGGGCAGCGAUGAGAUUGGUAAGCUCGUUCAUGGAGGUAUAACAUGGUUCAAAAAGUUGGAUGACAGGGACCGUCAGGACUUUCGUGAACUAGCUGUCGGUGUGGCCACAGGCCACCUCAUAUUCUGGAACGAAGGGGAGGAUUCUGGAUCGGCUGUGCAUACGCAGAGCGAAUUGGAUACGUAUACUCAUAUCAUCUACCUUGAUACCCCCCCGGAGGAGAUCGUCAAACGCCGUCUCAAUGAUUCUGGAAGAGAUCGCUCGCACGUCUCAAAAUCCCAUGUGCAAUGCUGGGUGGAAGCAGAGAAGCGAGUGCUUCGCGACCUGUGCUACCGCAAUAAUAUUCUUUUCUGUGCCGUGUCUCCGAGCAUGAUCCCCAAAAAUGUUGAGCGCCUUCUCUCUGAUUUCAAUGAACAUGACGAACAGCACAACCUUUUUGAUGCCCUCAGCGUGCUUGAUAGCAUCCCUGCCAUACAAAGUGGUACUUUGAAAGUGAUGAUUGUACUCGAUGCCAACCGUACGUUGACCUCACAAGACACUGGCGCCCUGUUUUGGAAGAAGAUUAUUCCACGCCUAGAAUAUGCAAAUGGGGGGCGACCAAAGACACCGGCACAGGUUGUAUUCGAGAGUCCUUUGGCCUACACAUACAAUGCCUUCCGAGAGGUCACUCUUCUUCAUGAAGAAAGGCUCCACGACCAUGAAUAUGAUUCUGUUUGCAAAGCUGUUGCCUUGUCAGUGACUAUGGACGAGGAGUUUAUGACUCUUUUACGUCGCAUCGCGGAGCAGAAGCACGUCGCUGCAGUAGUCGUGACUUGUGGCAUGGCUCAGAUCUGGAAAUAUGUGUUAGAAUUGGAAGGUUUGCUAGACAAGGUUACUGUCAUUGGAGGUGGUCGUAUCAGCGAUGGUUUCGUUGUGGCCCCAGAGCUGAAAGAGGCUUUGGUUGACCAUUUGAAGAACCAACACCAUCUUGGAGUUUUGGCUUUUGGAGAUAGUCCUCUUGACCUGAAAAUGCUCUCUAGAGCCGACAAGGCCUUUGUUAAUGAUGGAUUGAAGGCGAAGCAAUGUCUUCGGCCGAAUCAUGUAUCUCCUCGCCUAACCACGGCGAUUCUUCCUGAAUUGAAACUUCUCGACCCUCAUUUUGUUGAUUCCCUCCUUGUCGAUAAAUUGAACCCAGGAGCCGUCAAAAUUCUGAUGACGCCCAUGAGAGAUAUGAGUGUUCAAGGACCACGUUUGAGUAAGGCACACCGUGACGUGGGCUGGUAUUUAGCAGCAACCUUCCUCCCAGAGCUCAUUGGAGUUGAGGAUAUCGCUAUACCCCAUGUCCAGGGCCACAUGGCUACUGGCCAUCAACUCUGGGGGGAGGACAAAAUUCUGAUAGUAGCGUUAAUGAGGGCCCUGUUCGUUCAUGCUAGUCAGCCCACCGAUCCUCAACACGACCCUCUGAACGACAGGUUUGCUACCAUUCUCGUUGACUCGGUAGUUAAUAGCGGGCGGACUAUCCUGGACUUUGACAUGCAAGCUGAAUGUGUUUCUGGUGGAAUAUUGACUGCUACUCUUGCAGAAUAUACCAAUCUCCAAUUCAUAACCCUACGUAUUUCGGAGAACAAGUACAAGGGAACAGGAGCUACUGACACCGGAAACCGACUUUUCAACACUCUUCAUCUGCCAUGAUUCUUCUUUGAUUCGUUUGUCUGUGUU